AUGUGGUGAGCCGGGUGGAGACUGACAAGGCCUUGUGAGGGAUCAGGAAGCUUUAUGAUGGCAUUGAAAAAAGUUCAGGUGAUCAAAGGGCUUGAGGAUGUGACGGUGUGUGAAAAAGACGCCUGCACAUUGGAGGUGACUCUGAGUCAUGCUUACAUCCAUGGUGUGUGGGCCAGGAACGGUGUCCAGCUCAAAGCAAAGCCCACGUGUCGAAUUGCAGCGCAGGGGAGGAGACACACUCUCACCCUAACACGCGCCUCGCUGUCUGACAUGGGCCGGAUCAGUUUUCAGGCUGAAGGAGUGGAGACCUCUGCUACUCUCAUAGUCACAGCCAGAGAUAUUGAGAUUGUAAAGCAUCUCGAGGAUGUCAGCGUGACAGAGCAGGAGACUGUGACAUUGGUGUGUGAAGUAAACCUGGAGGACGUGGAUGGGAAGUGGUUCAAGAAUGACAUCAGGAUAAAAGAUAAAGACAACAUUAAAAUCAAACGUGAAUGUACCACUCAUUCAUUGAUGUUCAAAGCCAUCAAGCCAGAAGACGCUGGUGAGAUCAAAUUUACUGCAGAGAGAGUUUCCUCAUCAGCAGUGCUGCGAGUAAAAGCGCUUCCAGUUCAGUUUGUGAAGCCGCUCCGGGUGAAAACAGUCCUGUACAAGCACCGUGCCCUGCUGGAGUGCCAGGUGUCACGGGCCAAUGCCAAGGUCACAUGGUACAAGAGAGGCCGGAAAAUCCUGCCCACUGGGAGGUUCCGAUUGGUUAGCGAAGGUGUAUACCAGCAGCUCAUCAUCGAUGAGGUAGGCUCUUCAGACGAGGACGUCUUCGUUUGCGAUGCUGGCGAAAACAAGACUUCCUGCCAGCUCUUCGUGGAGGAGCAGGCCAUCAGCAUUGUACGAGCACUGAGCUCAGUGGAGGUCAUGGAGCCUAAGGAGGCUUGUUUCAGAGUGGAGACCAACCUCAGAGCAGAGCGGAUGCCAAGGUGGACUCUGAACAGAGAACUGCUGUCCUCCAGCCCGGAGGUCAUAAUCGAGAGGAACGGCACCUCGCACAGACUAAAGUUCACCAACACCAACAGCAGCAUGUCUGGGAUCGUGCAGUUCAGCUUUGGGAAGAGCAGAUCAACAGCACAGCUCACUGUUACAGAGCGCCCCCUGGUGGUCACCCAGCCCAUUUCGGAUGUGGUGGUUAAAGAGGACGGGUCGGCGACUCUCAGCUGUGGGUUCUGCCCUUCUCCCAGAGUAGUGCGCUGGUUCAAAGGUAGAACACCCUUGCUGGCCUCCAGCAAGUACAGCAUGGAGCAGGAUAUGAACCGAGCUGAAAUGACCAUCAUGGGUGUGAAGGCCACAGAUUCAGGGCAAUAUCGGUGUCUGGCUGGAGGAGCAGAGAGCAGGGGUCAAGUAAAUGUGGAAGUGGAAAGGCUAAAGAUCACACGGCAUCUGGAACAAGUGGAGGUGGAAGAAGAGGGAACUGCAUUGUUCUGCUGUGAGCUGAACCACGAGGUCACCAGUGUCCAGUGGCUCCUCAAUGACAGAGUCAUUCAUGCCAGUCACACAAACAAGAUCCAGAACGCAGGAAAAAUAUACAGCCUCUUUCUCAAAAGACUCACCCCACAGGUGAGCAGGGUGACAUUCAGAACUGUGGGCCUCAGUGAGACUGCCCUACUCAGGGUCAAAGAGAGGCCAGCAGUCUUUCUCAGAUCUUUGGAAGAUGUAGUGGCUGAGGAGCACGGCAAAGUGUAUUUACGGUGUGAAGUUUCCAAGCAAGCAGUAAUCCCCGUUUGGAAGAAAAAUGGUAUAGUCCUAAUUGCCAGUGAUAAGCACGAGAUUCUAAAACUGGGAAAGUCGUUAGCUCUCAUCGUUCACGAGCUCAGAAAAGAUGAUGCAGGCAAAUACACUUGCGAUGUGGAAACUAGCCAAACAAAAGCCAAGGUUAUUGUUCGUGACCUGCGUGUCACCAUUGUCAGGCGCUUGAGGACAGUGGCGGUUCUGGAGGGGGAGAACUGCCAUUUUGAAUGUGUUCUGUCACAUGACAUUAUCCAUGAGGCUUCCUGGACCUUGAGUGGCCAGUCGAUCGUCAGCAAUGAUCGAGUCCGUGUUGCUAAAGAGGGGCGCAGGUACACCCUGCAGAUCUACGAGGUGAUGGCAUGUGACGCCGGGGAUGUGGUCUUCAGCGUCAGUGAUCUCAGUUGCAGGACCAUGCUGUUCGUGAAAGAGAAGCCUGUGAUGAUCUUUAGGGACAUGUUAAAUGCUACAGCGACAACUGGAGAAGAUGCAGAACUUAGUUGUGAGGUCACCAAGCCCGAGGUCACCACCAGGUGGCUGAGGAACGGCCGGCUGAUUAGAGUUAGUCCCAAGUACGAGAUGAGCCAAAAAGGCCAUUUGGUCAAGCUCACCAUCCAUAAUGCCACUGUAAGGGACUCUGGAGUGUACUGCUGCGAGGCUGAUGGACUCGCCACUAGGGCAAGACUCGAGGUCAGAGACUUCCAGCAUACAUUUGCUAGGGAACUGAAGGCCAUGCAAGCGGAAGAGAAGAGUACGCUGGUCCUGGAGUGUGAGACUAAGGCUCCUGUAGGGAGGGUAUUCUGGCUGAAGGGCACGACGGUGCUGGGUCCAGGUGAGAAGUACCUUAUGAGGAAGAAAGGGCUCAUCUUCUCCCUCACCAUCUUCAACCUCAAGAAAAGCGACAGUGACUUGUACACGUGCGACAUUGGGACAGUGCAGAGCAGAGCGUUUCUAGCAGUUCGUGGUCAGAAAGUAAUCAUUUUGGAUGAACUGGAGGAUGCUGAAUGUCUCGAAGGAGAAAGUGUGACCUUUAAGUGUCACAUCUGCCCGAGUGACUUCACUGAAGUCAGAUGGUAUCUUGAUGAGACUUUGCUCUACACGAAUGAUUUAAAUGAGAUCAAAAUGACCCCUUGUGGCCACCAUACUCUCACAAUACGACAGCUGGCAUGCAAAGACACUGGAACGAUCUCUUUUGAAGCCGGGGACAAGAGAUCCUACGCCUCCCUCCUAGUCAGAGAAAGGCGCCCGACAAUUACUAAAGCGUUAGAGGAUACUGAAGCUAUUGAGGGAGGAAGUUUGGUGCUGCUGUGUAGGACUUCAAAACCUUGCCAUAUUCUUUGGUAUAAAGACAGCUGCUUAGUGUGGAGCUCCUCCCGCUGUCAGAUGAGUCGUUUUGGAACUGAAGCCCAGUUGAGCAUUCGCGAGGUCACAUGGACUGACGCUGGGGUGUAUUCAUGUGACGCAGGAUCCGUCAGGACAACAGCCACUGUGACUGUUAAAGCUAUUCCAGCGGAGUUUACAAAACAUCUUCAGAGUCUAGAAGCUGUGGAAGGGAGCAGUGUGACCCUCUCCUGUGAAUUCUCUGUGCCUGGCGUUCAGCACGUGUGGCGCAGAGGACCAGACACACUUAGAUCUGGAGAAAAGUACUUGAUGAAACAAAAGAACAAUUAUAUCUCCCUCACAAUCCACAGUGUGAAACUUGAGGACUCUGGGACUUACACUUGCAUUUGCAGAAACCAAAGAACUAUGGCCAACAUUACAAUCCAUGCUUUCCCCAUCACAUUCAUGAAACAGCUGAAAGACCAGGAUUCAGAGGAGGGCAGGACUGUGACGUUACGCUGUGAGCUCUCCAAGACCGGGGCACCAGUGCUGUGGCUAAGAGAACAGGAAGCACUCAGCUCCGGGAGGAAGUAUCAUAUCCGACAGAUUGUAACAAUACAGGAGCUUGUCAUCAGAAAUCCAGUGCCAGGGGACAGUGGACUCUACAGCUGUGUUUGUACAGACCAAAGAACCCAAGCCACAGUUACAAUUAAAGCUCAACCAAUCACGUUCAUGCAGAAGCUAAAAACUCAGAUGGCUGAAGAAGGAACCAGUGUCACCUUGCGUUGUGAACUUUCAAAACCUGGACUUCCUGUUGAAUGGAGGAAGGGCAUGGAGCUGCUCAGGUGUAGAGGCAGGUACCAGAUACAACAAAGAGGCCCAGUGCUGGAGAUGAAGAUACUGCAUUUGAGAUGCGAGGACAGUGAUGUCUACAGCUGCACAUGUGGCACUGCUCAGACCUCAGCUAGGGUUACUGUUAGCUGGCAGUUGAUUAGUUUUAAGGAGAAGCUGAAGAACCAGGUGGCUGAGGAGGGCAAGGCUGUGACGUUGCACUGUGAGCUGUCGAGAUCUGGUGCUGCAGUGGAAUGGUGGAAGGGAGAGAAGCUUCUCCAGCCUGGACAAAAAUACCAGCUGAGAGAAAGAGAUGCUUCACAUGAGCUUGUCAUCACUGACACUGUGCCCGAGGACAGCGGCGUCUACACAUGCGUAUGUGAGGGACAAAAGUCGAAAGCUACCAUCAGAAUUGCUGGUGUUGCCACCACUUUCAAACAAAACCUGAAGAACCAAGAAGCUCCAGAGGGGGGCAGCGUGGUGCUCCGAUGUGAGCUCUCUAAAUCCAGCGUACCUGUGCAAUGGUGGAAAGGAGAGCAAUGCCUGAUGCCGGGUGGGAGGUAUCGGAUGAGGCAAGACAGCAACGUUGCUGAGAUGGAGAUCACAGAUGUCCUUCCUGACCAUGCUGGCAUGUACAGCUGUGUGACCGCAAACCAGAAGAGCUCGGCAGAGUUGAAAAUCAGAGCUCCUCCAGCCACUUUCCAGCGGGAGCUCGUGGAUCAGGUUUCCAGAGAAGGAGACAGUGCUGUGUUCACCUGUGAACUGUCCAAGCCCGGAGCCCCAGUGGAGUGGAGAAAAGGAAGAGUUUUCCUAAAAGCUGGAGCAAAGUACAAAAUGAAGCUGGAGGGAAGAUUAACCAAACUGGUGAUAAAUGACAUUGAAGAGGGUGAUUCUGGGAAAUACACAUGCAAAACCAAGGAUGCACAGUCUACUGCUGAACUCGUUGUGCAAGCACUUCCUGCUUUCUUCAAAAAACCUCUGACAAACCAGGAAGUUCAAGAGGGAAACAGCCUGAGUUUGCAUUGUGAGCUCACCAAACCUGGAGCAUAUUUGUAUUGGUGGAGAGCAGGUGAAGUAUUAAAGACUGGGGAGAAGUAUCAGUUGCGACAGAGAGGUUUAGCAGCAGAGCUGUUAAUAAGGCGAGCAGAAGCGGAGGAUAGUGGAGUGUACCGCUGUGUUUGUGGUGAACACAGCACUGAAGCCUCCAUCAAAGUCAAUGUUCUUCCCAUCACCUUCAAACAAGAACUGAAGAACCAAGAGGCUGUGGAGGGAAGCAACAUCACGUUGUGCUGUGAACUCUCAAAGGCUGGUGCUCAGGUUCAGUGGUGGAAGGGAGAAGAGCUGCUCAGCUAUGGGGAGAAGCAUCAGGUCAGACAAAUGGGCACAAAGGUGGAAUUUGUCAUCAGGAAGGCAGUGCCUGAGGACAGUGGCGUCUACGUCUGCGCAUGCCAACACCAGAGGUCCAAAGCUACCGUCACAAUCAAUGCUCUACCACCGACGUUCAAGCAAAACUUGAGAAACCAAGUAGCAGCAGAAGGCAGCCAUGUCACUUUACGCUGUGAGCUUUCCAAACCGGGAGCGUCAGUAAGUUGGUGGAAGGGUCAAGACUUGCUGACUUUGGGUGAAAAGUACCACAUGAAGAUGGAGGGCCGGAUUUCUGAGAUGAUUAUUAGGAAUGUGGAAACUGAGGAUUCUGGUUUAUAUAGCUGCACAGUAGGACACCAAAAGAUGACCUCAGAAAUCAGAGUUCAGGCUCUACCAGUGACUUUCAAACAAGAUCUCCAGAACGAAGUUGCCAACGUAGGGGGGAGCGCUUCGUUUUGCUGUGAGCUCUCCAAGCCUGCAGCCCCAGUAUACUGGAGAAAAGGAAGAGUUAUUCUGAAGGCAGGAGACAAAUAUGAGAUGAAGCAAGAAGGAAACAUAACUAAACUCAUCAUAGACAAUGUUGAGAAAACGGAUGCUGGGACCUACUCGUGUAAGACCAAGGACUCUGAGUCCAAUGCCGAACUGUUUGUUCGAGUCCCACCCAUCGUCUUUACAGUGAAAUUAAAGGACCAGGAAGUCGAUGAAGAGAGCACCGUACGCCUUCACUGCGAGCUCUCGAGUGCUGACGUUUCAGUUCAGUGGUGCAAAGGGGAUGAGCUGCUCACACGUGGUUCAAAGUAUCAGAUCAUGCAAAGAGAUGCUACCAUGGAGCUGAUCAUCAAGAAUGCCACGGUCAAAGACAGUGGUGUCUACAGCUGCAUAUGUGGGGCUCAGAAAACCAGCGCUACCCUCAAAGUUUCUGCGACUCCGGUCACAUUCAGACAAACCCUGAAGAACCAGGAGGCUCCUGAGGGGGGCGCAGUAGUGUCACACUGCAAGCUGUCCAAGCCUGGUGCCCCUGUGCAGUGGUUGAAGGAAGAGGAGGGGCUUAACAACGGAGCCAAAUGCGUGGUGAAACAGGAAGGUUCACUGGCUGAGCUAUACAUUAAGAAUGUCCUUCCUAUGGAUGCUGGGACAUAUAGCUGUGUUACUGGAGACCACGUGACUACAGCUGAAGUGAAUGUGAAAGCUGCACCCUCUGCGUUUUUUGAGAAAGGGCUACAGAACCUGGAAGCCCUAGAAGGAACAAACGUGGUGUUCAGUUGUUUGUUGUCCAGCUCUAAUGUCCCAGUGACUUGGAAAAAAGACUCGAAACCGAUCAAAGAAGGAGGUCGAUUUGUGUUUCACCAAGAGGGAGCCACACAGGAGCUUGAGAUCAGACGGCUGAAGGCUGAGGAUGCUGGUGUCUACACGUGCAGUACCAGGGGCAAGAAGACACAUGCUGCUCUUCUAGUGAGAGAACACGUGAGGAUUGAGAGAGAGCUACAGGAUGUGACUGUUACUGCAGGAGAAGAUGCCCAUUUUGUGUGCGAGCUCUCGCAUGAGGACAUCUCUCACGGGGUGUGGUGGCUCGGUCCCAACAUCCUUCAGGAGAACGAAAUGAAUCAGAUGAGUUGCCAUGGUCGCGAGCAUCACCUGGUCCUCACCAUGACGACUCCUGAGGAGUCGAGUGUCGUGGCCUUUGUGGUAGGAGGAGAGAGGACUGAAGCCCAUCUGCGAGUCAAUUACAAACCCAAAGUCUUGAUAGAGGAGAAACUGCAAGAUGUGGUCAUCUUUGAGGGGGAUACCGCCACUUUAUUGUGUGUUACCUCGGACACCUGCACACCUGUCACAUGGAAACGAAACAACAUCACCCUGUUACCGGGAGAGAAGUAUGAACUUCGCAAAGAGGGGAAACGUAACCUUCUUUUAAUACAUAGAGUGGUAGAGGAGGAUGCUGGAGUUUAUAUGUGUGACACCCGUGACAUGCAGAGUUUGGCUGCUCUUACCAUCAAAGCACGUCCAUUAUUCUUUUGCGAGGAACUCCAAAAUCAGCAGGCAGAAGAGGGUGAAAGUGCCUUCCUGUUUUGCAAGCUCUCUCGACCUGGAGCUGCAGUGCAGUGGAAAAAGGGAGCUGUCCUGCUCAAACAUGGACAGAAGUGUGAAAUGACACAAAACGGUUGUGAAUUACAGCUUCAAAUUCAUGACCUGAUAAUUCAGGACAGUGGGGUCUACACAUGCUGUGCUGAUGGCAUUGAGAGUACGGCUAGUCUAGAUGUCAAUGAACAACCCCUGUUCUUUUGCAAGGAGCUGGAAAGUGUGGAAGUAGAGGAGGGGGAGACUACCUUUCUGAGCUGCGAGCUCUCUAAAGCCAGAGCAUCUGUGCACUGGAAGAAGGGGACGAUGCUCCUGAGACCUGGGAACAAGUAUGAGAUGAAGCAGUAUGGUUGUGAACUGGAGCUUCAGAUACGUGACCUGACUUAUCAGGACACUGGAAUCUACAAAUGCUGUGCUGGUGGUAUCCUAGAGACAGAGGCUAAGAUCUUGGUGAAAGAGCAUGAACCGCACUUCCGUGAGCAUCUACAGAGUCAGCAAGUAAUGGAGGGUGACACCAUCUUCCUGAGCUGUAUGCUUUCUAAACCUGGAGUUGCAGUACAGUGGAAGAAGGGAACGGUACUGCUGAAACCAGGAGACAAAUACCAGAUGAAGCGAGAUGGCUGUAAACUGCAGCUUAAGAUCCAUGACCUGAAGGCUCAAGACAGUGGUACUUACAAAUGCUGCACGGGUAGCUUGGUGACUACAGCAUCAAUUAUGGUGAAAGAUUGGGACCAUCUGAUUUCAGAACAACCGCUGUUCUUCCAGAAGGAACUUAAAAGUGUGGAAGCAGAUGAGGGUGAGACUGCUUUGCUGUGUUGCGAGCUCUCUAAACCUGGAGUUUUAGUGCAGUGGAAAAAAGACACGGUGCUUCUGAAACCAGCAGACAAGUUUGAAAUGACACUGGAUGGAUGCAAAUUUCAGCUUCUAGUCCAUGACCUCACCAGUCAGGACAAUGGCAUUUACAGUUGUUGUGCUGGUAGCCUAGUAACCACAUCAACUCUUCAUGUGAAAGAACAGUCCCUGUUCUUCCACAAAGAGCUCCAGAGUGAAAAAGCAGGGCAGGGUGAAACGGCUAGGAUGUGCUGUGAACUCUCUAAACCCGGAGUCGCCGUACAGUGGAAGAAAGAAUCCCAGCUUCUAAAACCUGGAGACAAAUAUCAGAUGAAGCAAGAGGAUUGUAAGCAGCAGCUUGGCAUAUGCCACCUUAAACAUGAAGACAGUGGUACCUACAGAUGUCGUGGUGGUGGUCUUGUCACAACAGCAUGUCUUGAAGUGAAAGGUCAGGCACUGUUCUUCUCUGAGUCGCUUCAAAGUCUUGAAGCAGAGGAAGAGGUAUCAACCAAACCCAAGACCAUCCCUCUGGACCCGGCAGGCUCAUGUGGUAAUUGGUCUCUACAAAGUCCAGUGGCUGGUGGACAAAGCAAUGCUUUUGGACCAAAAAAGCCAACUGUAGGCCAGCAAUCAUCUCUGGACACCAUCUCAGAGAAACCGAACCAUGACCACCUGGAUCAUGUGAAGAGCACAGAGAAGCAAAACCUCAAGAACAAAAGUGUAAUGAGGCAAAAGAAGGAUGAGGAUGAAAAACCCAAGAUGACACUGGAUGUCAACAAGCCCACUCAUUCUGAGGAAGAGUUUAAGAUUUCUUUCCCUGUAGACCAGGUUCCUGCAGAUGAGCAUAACAGAGGGACAGACAUUUCUGCUCUAAACAUUACAGAAAGUUCUACCAACCAAAGCCAGGAAAUGAUUAUAGACCAAGUGGAGAGGAGCAGUCCAGGUAGGGAUACAACAGAAAGAAAAAGUGAGACGCAAAACAAAAGUAUAGCCUUGGAACUUCCUCGCUGCAAAAUAAAAUACACACAGCCAAAUGUUGGUAACCAAGGACAACACGGUGUGCUUGAGCCAAAGAAGCAAGUCGUGGUUGUGGAGCCAUCCGUGGAAACAACUUCCAUAGAUUUCUCAGCUACAUUAGGAAGUGAACAACUGGAUCUAAAUAAGAAGAGAACAGAAGAAAAAGAUGCUUCAAGGGAAACAUUGCUAAAGCAACAAUUAAAGGAUGAAAAACCUGGUGUCCAUGAUAAAAUACAUUCAGAACCAGAAAAGGCUCCACUGUCUGGCGGAGUUGAGAAGACAAUACCAAAACAUGUUGAGAAGAAAGCAAUGAUUGGGACUACUGCAGAUCAGAAAUGCAGGAAGCAACCUGUAACUGUAAGGGAAGUACCAGGAAUGUCCAGUGAACAAUCUUCCCAGCAGAUGGCAGUGCAAACUGGGCAGAAUGUAUUGUACACGGGCAUUACAGAGGAGACAGACAGGAAGCAAGAGAUUCAAAUAGAAAGAAUGCCGGAGACUCAACAACCUCAAGAUCAGAUAACAGAGAAGGCCAGGGUAAAUGAUCCAGGUAUGGAUAUUGAGGAAAACACAAUUGAGAACACAAUCGAUCAGAAAUACACAAAGGAACAUAUAAUUGCCAGAAAACUACCAGAAGAAUCCUUUAAACAAUUCCCUCAACAGAAAGUAGAGCAGCUUAGGCAGAACAUCCCAUGCAUCUGUUUUACACAGCAGGAAAACAGGAAGCUAGUCAAUGAAAUGGAAAAAGUCCCAGUGCUGUUAACAACUCAACCUCAGGCAGGUACAGCACAAGGGUCCAAGGUAGGAGAUGCUGGGAUGGAAAUUAAUGAUCAAAAAACUAUGAGACAGGUCAACCAAACCAAAGAAGUGACAGAAUCUUUAAAACACACCAACGUGCCAGAGGUUAUCCUACCAGAACAUCCUCGUGACAGCACUUUUAUUGAGAAAAGUACUGAGGAAGAAGCAGAGAUGUUGGAGACUGCUGUUAAGAUCCAAACUGCCUUUAGGAGAUAUCAAUCUCAGAAGGACAUGCGGCCUGUCUUCAAAGUGGUGUUUAAGAACCAGAAUGUGGAGCUCAGUGAUACCGUUUGCCUGGAGUGUGUCACUGAAGGCAAGGCCAGCACAGUCAGAUGGCUAAAGGAUGGUGUAGACAUGAAGUCAGGUACACGGCACAACAUUAACUAUACUGAAGAUGGCAGGUGCACACUGGUUAUUUCCAACGUCAUUUUGAAAGAUUCAGGGAUCUAUACUUGUGAGGUUUCCAACAAGUUUGGGGUGGUUAGUUACAAUGGUAAUGUGAUGGUGGGUCAGAUUAAGAAGCCUGUGAGUGAGGUCCUGCAGAGACCAGCAACAGAACCAGUUUUGGAAAAGGAACCUGUGCAGGCUUCUCACACAGAAGGGCCCACACUGAUGCUCGUCUGCUGUCAAGCUGCUGGUGCCACUCACCACAAGAUUCAGGAGAAAAGAAAAUGUCUUGUUUCAGUCGGUUCUGAGUCGUGUCCCUCAGAUUAUGAUACAGCCCCAGAGGCAGAGACAGGUUACCUCUCCUUGGAAAAAGACAUGGGAAAAAGUUCAGAGGCAUGUCGGUCCACGUGUCAUGAGCUGCUGAGGACCACUGCAACCUCGAAAGAAAAAGGCAAUGAGACAGCAGGGAAAACGUCAUCUCACAAAUACCCACAUAGCUCAGGCAACAUGGAGUCGCUCUCAAAUUCAGAUGGGGAUGAAGACACAGUCGAGACGUUUGAUAUUUAUGUGGCCACAGUGGACAGCCCCCCCACAGAUAAGGAUCCAUUUAUUUUAAAGGAGGGACAGUUUGUGGAGGUCCUGGAUUCUGUACAUGCAGUUAAGUGGCUUGUCCGCACUAAGCCAACCAAAACCACGCCAUCCCGCCAGGGGUGGAUAUGCCCAGCAUAUCUGGAGAAGAAGACAAAGGAGCUGUUGUCAAUGGCCCAUGACCCAGAGACAAAAGAUACUUCAAAUAAAGGUGGUAAGAACAAAUACAGAGAGACGUUAAGUGAGGUGAUCAAACGUCUGCUUGACAGUGAGAAUGAGUUUGUGAGAGACAUGAACUUUGUGGAGCACAGUUUACAGUAUGAGUGCACCAGCAAAGUGCCGCUCACCCCCGUCAGCCAGAGGGAGCACAUGUUCCACAGUAUGAAGACCAUCAUAAGCUUCCACAAAAACUGUUUCUUACCCAAGCUGAAGGAGUGUGUUACAGACGACGAUGUGGCCCAGUGUUUUGUGAGCUACACACCCGACUUUACGAUGUAUGUUCAGUACAUCUCAGACACAAACACACAGCACUUCUUCCAACAAUAUACCACCGCUGAAUUUGGACAGCUGGAGCCUGAAGUCUGCAGCAUCAGUGCCUGUUUGCAGAGACCACUGACGAGGAUCCAGACUUACAAGACUCUACUCAAGGAACUGAUCAGGAAUAAAGCACAGACAGGGCAGAGCUGCCGUCUGCUUGAAGACGCCUUUUCCAUGGUGUGCAGCUUGCAUUGCCGAGCAGAGAACCUUCAGCACGUGUCCCGGAUCGAGAGCUACCCAGCGCCUGUCGGAGGUCUUGGGGAGCUGGUCCGACAGGGUGCCUUCACUGUGUGGGAGGAAGCGCCUGGCACUAAAGUGUCACUAAGAGGUCAUCGUCGUCGUGUGUUCCUCUUCAAGGACUGUGUGGUCUUCUGCAAGCCAAAGAGAGACGUGAACACUCGUCACGAAGUCUAUGUGUUCAAGAACAAGAUGAAGCUGAGUGACCUCAAGCUGAAGGAGCCAGCAGAAGGGGAUGACCGGAGCUGGGGUCUGUGGCACGAGCACCGUGGAACAGUCCGGCAGGUCACUCUGCGAGCUCGCACAGUAGCCGUCCGUCUGGCCUGGUUCAGAGAACUGCAAGACCUACAGCAACAGUGCAUCCAGCAUCCGCUGUGGAGUUCACCAUGCUUUGAGCUGAUUCUCCGUGACUUUGCAGCUAAACUUGGACAGACCAUCAAACUGGCUUGCAAAGUCAUUGGAACUCCAAAGCCAGUGAUUGCUUGGUAUAAAGAUGGCAUUGCCGUGAAGGAGGACCAGCGUCACGCACUCUCGGUGGGGGACUCGGGUGUGUGCUGCCUGCUUCUGGCUUCUGUAACUGCGGAAGACUCAGGACAGUAUGUGUGUUAUGCAGCUAGCCCCAUGGGAAAUGCUAGCACGCUCGCCAAGCUAACUGUUGAUGUGCCUCCUUAUUUCACAACCAAACUCGCGAAUGCUGUACUGGUGAGAGGCCAGGACUCGCGGUUCCAGUGCUCUACAGCGUGCUUUCCUGUGCCCACUGUCAGGUGGUUUAAGGACAGUGGACAUCUGAGGAAUAGCCAGAAAUAUGAGAUUCACAGUGACGUGCAGACAGGGGUUCUUAUACUGGAUAUAAAGAAGGCAGAAGAGACAGACCUUGGGCAGUACGAGUGUGAGCUGCUGAAUCAGAUGGGCAGUGCCAAGUGUAAAGCACAUCUGUAUGCCACACCACCCUCUGUGACAGACAGCCCCAGUGACCAAUCACAACUUGCCUCAGCUCCAGAGCCACAGUCAGAUGCCUGGUCUGGUACUUUGGUGCAGAACCUCUCCCACUUGUUCUUUCUAUCUGGACCCUCCACAGCCUACUCUCAAACCGGCGACGCACAGGAAGUUGAAGAGACACAACCGAGUAGCCCAUUCGAAAAGACACGUGCUGUCUCAGAGACCCGGGAGAAUGAAAACUCAGUCCCACCUGUGGUGCAGGUGACCAUGGAGGACGUGCAUGUGAGACCUGGUCAACCUGCAUCACUGUCUGCCCUGAUAACAGGACAGCCUGUCCCAGAGGUCACGUGGUACAAGGAUGGUGUGGCACUUCCCGCUGGUGAACAGAUCCGGCGUGGUCUCUGCUACUCUCUCACCCUGCAGGGUGUAGGAAUAGCUGACUGUGGCACAUACACCUGCACUGCCACAAACAGCUCAGGCCACGCCUCCUGCCACGCCCAGCUCACGGUGGACGCAGGUCCAGAGGAGUUUGAGGGGGUGGAGGACAAGAGAGUGGUGGAGGUGGGUGGCAGGCGGAAGCUCCACUCCGUGUACAGUGUCCAUGAGGAGAUCGGGAGGGGGACAUUCGGGGUAGUGAAGCGACUCAGCCACCGGCGCAGCGGGGAGGUUUUCGCGGCCAAGUUUGUCCCCCUGAGGAGUGGCACACAGGCCUACCAGGAGAGAGACCUGCUGUCUCGACUCUCCCACCCUGGACUGGCUUGUCUCCUCGAUGUCUUCUGUACAAGCCAUACCCUCGUCCUCGUCACCGAGAUCUGCUCUUCACAAGGACUGUUGGAUCAUUUGUUCCUGAAGUCCUCCGUCACGGAGAGACAGGUCCAGGUGUACAUUCAGCAGGUUCUGGACGGCAUUAAAUAUAUUCAUAGUGUGAACGUCCUACAUCUAGAUAUUAAAACUGACAAUAUCCUAAUGGUUUCACCAGAGAGAGAAGAGGUUAAAAUCUGUGACUUUGGGUUUAGCCAGGAGAUUGACCCUUCUAGACACCAGUACAGUGUGUUUGGGACUCCAGAAUUUGUGGCCCCUGAAAUUGUGCACCGAGAACCAGUGACGGCAACAACAGACAUCUGGUCUGUUGGUGUUGUUGCUUACUUAUGUCUGACAGGGCACUGCCCAUUUCUGGGUGAGAAUGACCGUGCCACUCUGACCAUGGUGGCUGAGGGGGUCCUGCACUGGGGCAGUCCAGAGCUCUGCAGCAGGAGUCAGCUGGCCCAGGACUUCCUACACAGACUCUUACAGCGAGACCCAGGGAUGAGACCUUCAGCAUUAGAAUGUUUGAGUCACAGGUGGUUUGAGGGUCAGUACAGUGAUGGUGAACUUGAUAUCAAUACAAAAAAUCUAAAAUCAUUUAUUUCCAGAAGGAAGUGGCAGCGCUCCCUGAUGUGUCUCGGCUCUGUGCUCACCUUGAGGCCAAUCCCCGAGCUGCUAGAUGCUCCGCUGUGUGAGGUGUCGGUCACGACCCCUCGCGACCCCCACGAGGUCAGCAGUGCCUCCCCCAGCAGUGCCUCAUCCUCCGAGUAUGACGAGACGGACUCCUGGGACUUCUUCCAGCCUGCCAGCCGUGAGGAAGACAAAGGCAGUGAGGAAGAGGAUGAGGAGGAUGAGGGUUUGGGUCAGGAUCGAACGCAGAGCUCUAUGUUGGAGUCUCCAAUAAACACGCAAUUGAUGGGGGCACCAAUCAGCAGGGAGCAGCAGGACAGCGGGCCAAUCCUGCAGCUCAGCGAGGGGGGUGAGGGCGUGGCCAGUGGAAGGCGCAUCCCCCGCAGCUGCCUGAUUAAGAGCACCUUCUACAGCAGCUCCCAACAGCUGUCCCCUAUGUCCGCUCGGCACCUGGCACUCCAACACGAGCUCCGGGGCAGGAAUCGGGAACGUGGGCGCCGGCCAGCCGGCAGGGCAAAAGAGCCGCUCAUCGAGUACGUGGAGGACUCGCUGGAUACAGUGUCAGCGCGUGGACAGAGCGGCUCACGCGGCCGUGGGGCGGUCCCCGCCUGUCCGAAUGUCCAGAGGAUGAGAAGGUCAUUGGAUGAAUCCAUGAGACGUUUGACAGCUUUGACGGAGCAGAGGAAGCUGGGGGACGAUUGGGAAAAUGGCCAUGAUGUCAUUGAUGAAGAGGAAGAUGACAUCCCAGAGGUCCUGGUUAAGAACAUGUCAGGAUGUCCAUCGGUAGCCCCGAGCCCAAGUCUGAGCCCUGGAGCUGUGGCAAAAUUGACAUCACAGACUCAAUGGAAUAUCAUGGAGCAGCAGCCAGUCAGCUCAGGGUCUCUCACACGUGACAGCCAAUCACAGCCAGGGGAGGAGUCAGCAGCCCUGGAGGGAGAAGAGAACAUAGCUGGUUCUCAGCUGUCUCUCGCUGUGUCUUCCAUGCUUGGGACCGACUCGGAUGCAUCCAGCAGGGGCGGCUUCUGUGAGGGUGUCUCUGGCAGCCCUCUGCUAGUGUCACAGAGGCAGCGCAGACACUACAGCAACUCAGAAAAGUCAUCUGGAAAGGCGUCAGAGUGCUCGCUCUUACAGGACUCGGAGGAUGAGGACAUGGAGAUGAGAUCACAGCGCGAAACGUGCAAUGCGCUCACGAGUAAGAAGGACAAGGUGUGGAGGCAAAGUUCUGUGGUCCCUGUACGUGUCUCAUCCGGGACUCCAGACAGCAGAGACGCCCUGCAGAGACACUCCUCUGCCCCAGCAUUGCAGGCCGAGCCCACCGGAGGCAAAGCACGCAGGGCCAGACUCCUCAGCUUCUUCCGCAGGCAGUCGUGGACAAGCCCCAGACGGGAGGGCUCAGGGCAGACGACCACGGAAGGCACUAGCCCACCACAGAAGGCUCCUCUCCUGGCUCUGAAGAAGAAGAUGAGGGCGUCCACCUCCAGUCUCACCAGGCUGUUCACCGGGCAGCCCAGCAAAGAGGACAAGGAGCAGAAAAGAGGUUCGAUUUUGAAGACUCCUGUUCCACCUCAGAAAUCCAGUGUCACACCAGACUUUGGCCAAUCAGAAACCUUCUCAGGAAGCCCUCAGGGAAAGCCCAAGCUCUUCUCCAUGAAACUGCCGAGCUUCAGAAAGUGCAAAGGUGUGGAGAUCUCACCUCCUAAGCCAGAUGUGAUCCAGCUGGCUGACGGUGGAGUUCUGGUGUUCUGGAAGCCAGUCCCGUCCAGCGGACCUGCCGCUUACUGCGUACAGCACAGUGUAAAUGGGGUGGAGUGGAGAAUGUCCUCUAAUAACGUUACAGACAGUUGCUAUGUAGCCACUGCGUUACCUAGAGGACCAAGCUAUGUGUUCAGAGUGGCCUGUGUCACCAAGACGGGCUUGGGGCUGUUCAGUGAGCCAUCACCACCUGCUUCCAUGACAGUCCCAUAUGAAGACUCUCUCAUUCCUCUGAUGAUGACGGAAUCUGCUGGGUCAAAGGUCACGGUGCCGGGUGGCCUAGGAUCGGAGAGAUCUUUCAAGUUCCUGUCUGAGAUCAACAGGGGGCGCUCCAGCGUGGUGAUGCAGUGUGAGGACAGCGGAAGCCCAGGGCAGCUGGCGGCGAAGCUGACCCCGUACAGGCCCGAGCAGAGGCUGCUGGUGCUGAGGGAGUACCAGGUCCUGCGCCGGCUCCGCCACCCCCACCUCGUCCGCCUGCACGCCGCCUUGCUCGGCCCCUCCUGCCUGGUGCUGGUGGAGGAGCUCUGCGCUGGCCCAGAACUCCUCCACCACCUUUGUCACAGGGAUGUGUACGCGGAGGUGGACGUGACUGAGCUCCUCAGACAGGUGCUGGCUGGUGUGGAAUACCUGCACGGAUGUCACAUCGUCCACUUAGACCUCAGCUCCGACAAUGUGCUGGUGACCGGUUGCAGUGUGGUGAAGAUUGUGGACUUUGGCUCCGCCCAGUCCUUCACCCCGGGGCACACGCUUAACGCCGAACACGUCAAAGAGAAGACGCACAACAAAGUUUACAUUGUUCUUCCUAAAGCUCCUGAGAUCUUGGAAGGACAAGGUGUUGGACCUUUUACAGAUAUCUGGGCUCUUGGUCUUCUGACGUUUAUCAUGCUGAGUGCAGACAGCCCAUUCCACGCAGAGCUCAGCUGGGAAAGGGAUCGCAACAUCAGGAAAGGAAAGAUCCAGUUUGGACGCUGCUAUCCAGGCCUGUCUGUAGGAGCUAUCAACUUCCUGAAGAGCACGCUGAACCCCAAGCCCUGGGGAAGACCGUCGGCCGCAGAGUGCCUCCAGGACCCCUGGGUACUAGGGGAGCGGCGCCCCCACAGAGACUCGGUGGUCUACUUCUCCACCCACAAACUACAGGCCUUUCUCAGGGAACGGGAGGUCAAACGUGAGCGUGUGCGCACCAGAGUCACACUCCCCCUGGACUAGCACAGCCAGAGCAGGGUGGCAGAGACUGAGGAAGAGUCAGCAUUCUUCAUCACGUCUGCCUCGGGAAAUGCUAUGACUGAUGACAUGCUCUUUAUUUAAUAGAGUGAUUUAAUAGAGGGUUUUUUUCCCCUGUAUGCCAAAGAGAUAAAUAGCAUCACAUACCGCUGUAAACGGAAGUUUCCUGCUUGAUUUUGAGGAAAUUUUGCAUGACCGUCUGAUAAAUGUGUAAUUAAGAAUGUAUUAAGAGUUUUGUGUUGGGCAUCACUGUUUGGCUCUCAAAGAUCUCCACAUAGAAGAUUUUCACAUGUGCAACUGUUCUGUAAGGGACCUUUCACCAAACCCCUAGAAUAUAGUUUAUAGUGACUUUGUUCCACUCAAUACCUUAAGAAAUGUGAUCACUAAAGUGAUUCAUUAAACACAUUCACUGUGUAUUCACAAAAAGAAUCUGCAUUGUGUCAAGACAAGUCAUGGUUCUCGGUAACGGAGAAUAGUUGUUUUAAAUAGUUAAGUAUUGCAUUUCAGUUGUCAUGUGAUGUAGACAAUUAGUUCUGUAGUGUCUGAAGUUUGAUAUUCUAAUCUAAAGUAGUUCCAGACUAGGUCAGAGAAAACCUUGCAUGGAUAUCUCUGCAUGACUUUGGAAAUUGUUGUAUUUAACUUGUAUUUGUGACUUUCAUCGGUAAUUUGACAUAUAGGUUUGAAAAACAUGUUAGCUUUCAAAUGAUUGAAAUAGUGUUUGAUUUUUAAAAUUAUGGCCAGAUGCAGUUAUAUUUAGUUCUGUUUAAUAUUUCAUUGCGGAAAAAAAUCGAUGCUGUGUGGCUAAAUGAAUAAAGUUACUCGGACCAUUAAAACCCA